AUUUUCUAGGAAGGAGAGACAGGGUAGAGAAGGUUGUUUGAUUUCAAAACAGAACAGGAGAUCCUAAAACUUCCAAACUGCAAAUCUCAGACGGCAUAAUAUAGAAUCAUGGGUUCACAAGUCUCUGUUUUAUUAAAGGAUUCGAUGAAAUCCCUAUGCUCUAGCUUGGUAAAACCGCACCCCCGGAUAAAUACAAUCACCCUCAUCGGAACUGGCACCAUUGUCUACUUUCUGUGUCGUAUUUGGAAAGCAAAAGGUUCCCACAUCCUUAGCUUGGUAGAAUCGCACCCCCGGAAAAGCACAAUCACCAUCAUUGGAACUGGCACCAUUGUCUACUUUCUGUAUCGUAUUUGGGAAGCAAAAGGUGCUAGUAUCUCUAGCUCGACACUGUUCCAUCACUGGUUGGAUAUCAUCAUCAUCAUCAACACUGGCACUAUUGUCUUCAUUCUUUGGAAUUCAAAAGAAAAAGCAAAAGCCGUAAAAGCAAGUGCUAGUAUCUCUAACUCGAUAAUACUGCAUCACUGGAUGGAUACAAUUAUGAUGAUCAACAGUGGCACUAUUCUCUUCAUUCUUUGUAAUUCAAAAGGUGCUAGUAUCUCUAGCUCAACAAUGUUCCAUCGCUGGAUCGAUAUCAUCAUCAUCAACACUGGCACUACUCUCUUCAUUCUUUGGAAUGCAAAAGGUAAGAAUUUCCAAACAUUCAUUACAUUAAUGUUUCCUCCAAGACUUCCAAAGACCUGCAGAGGGAGUGGGCAGGCGCAGUAUGUGAGAGCAGAGCAACUGCUGAAAUCAACUGGACAACUCCAGAAAAACAUUGAGCAACUCCAGAAAGAAAUUGAAAAAGCAAAACCUUCAGAACCAGAACAUGGUGAACUGAGAACUCAAAUCGCAGAGACAACUGAUCCAGCCAAGGAAACACCCCAGGGAAAAGACUGUGAUCUCCAGGACACAUUGAACCAACACCAGACCGAACUUUACCAACUCCGGACCAAACUUCACCAACUCCAGGAUGAACUUGAAUGGAGAAAGGCUCGUAAUGAGACAGAUGACAUUACACUUGAUGCCCGCACAGCCCACCCCAACCUCUCCAUUGCUGGGGAUAAGAAGAGUUUGAAACAUGAAGCCCAACCUCAAAAUGUUCCACCACAUCCAGAGAGGUUUGAUUCGACUGUCUGUGUGUUGGGUUUUGAAGGAUUCUCUUCUGGAAAGCACUACUGGGAGGUGAAUGUUCAGAAGAUCAGUGACUGGGACCUGGGAGUGGCCGGAAAAUCCACAAAAAGAAAAGGAAAACUUUCCAUAUCACCUAAAGAGGGAUUCUGGGCUCUGGGUCUGAGUGGCAGAGAUUAUUGGGCAAAAACAGAUCCAUGGACCCAGGUCACGGUGCAGAAAAAGCCCCAGAAAAUUGGAGUUUACCUUAGUUACCAAGAUGGGCAGGUGACUUUUUUCAAUGUAACUGACAUGUCUGUGUUGUUCACAUUUAAUGAUUGUUCAUUCUCAGGAGAGGUUUAUCCCUUCUUUAAAAAUCCCCACAAAGAAACAACAAUGAGAGUUUGUUCAAUUAAAGAAGAGGAAUCAAUUUAAAAUGCCGUGAUGUCCCGUUUUGUUGACCAAACUCAGCCAAAGCCCUGUGCUGCUUCAUGGCACUGUUGACCAAACUGAAUCAGAGUAACAGAAUGCUUUUCAGUUAGAAGAAAGGUGAUCUGGAAUAACAUUCCCUGUGAAAUUAUAUUUACAAAUAUUGCUAAUGCUGCAGGGGUGGCUCCGCAAAUAAGGAAUAGAACUGUACUGGAAUCUCACAAACAGAGCUAUUAAUGAUGAAAAUAACUUUUUUCAUAGCUAACUUCCAGUUUAUCUGGAUUAGGUGUAUUAGCAGCUAAGAGUAAGCAAAUAAUGUCCUAUACUAAUGUUUCUCUGCUAAAAUGAAUAACCAAUCUUUGAGUCAGGUAUAAAUACAGAUGGGGGAUGCACCUGAUCUUGAGAAAGUUUGACCAAUCGCACUGCUGUCUUUAGGAUGAUUGGUAAUUAAUUGACUUUUCCUUUCUGUAUUAUGUUGUACUAAUUUUGAUUAAUAAAAGUUGAUUGAGCCUA